AUGGCCGAGUACUCUUCGCUCAAGGUGCCUGAGCUCAAGAAGCUCCUUGCCGAAAAGGGUCUUCCCCAGACCGGCAACAAGGCAGACCUGAUCGCGCGACUCCAGGAGAAUGAUAAGAAGGCCGAGGGUGAGGCGAAGCCUGCUGAGAACAAAGAGGACGAGAUCAGUUACAGCGACGACGAGGCCCCCGCUGAGCCUGCUGCUCCCGCUCCCGCUCCCGCUGCUGCGCCCGAGCCUGCAACUGCUGAGGCUCCCGUCACUGAGAUAGCUCCCGUCGCGACCGAGGCAGCUGAGGAGCCCGCUGCAGAGAAGCCUGCUGAGACAGAGGCGCCUGCUGAGCCUGAAAAGUCCUACGCCAUCGGUCUCUCGUCCACUGCUGCUGAUGACGAGGCCAAGAAGCGUGCUGACCGCGCCAAGCGCUUUGGUCUUGAGGAGGAUGAGGACGCAAAGAAGAGGGCUGAUCGAGCGAAGCGAUUCGGCCUAGACGAGAAGGAGCUCGCAUCCACCCUUGACUCGGCCCUUCCAGAGCGCUCCCGAAAGCGAGGUCGUGACCGUGGCGACGGUGAGGGUAACCGUUCCACUGAGAGCAACCGCCCUGGCAAGCGACAGAGCCUUGACCGAAGGAAUGACCGACGAAGGGGAGGUCGCGGUGGCCGCGGCGGCCGUGGUGGUGCUCGGAACGAGUCGACCCGUGAAACUCGAAGCCGGGCCAGCAUCCUUGAUGACCCGUCGGAGAAGGCCAAGGCGGAGAAGCGCGCUGCUCGGUUCGCUGGGAACUAGACGAACGACUCUGAAGCACAAACACGCGGCAACGGCGACAUGACUUUUGGUUGAAAGGAAAGGAGCUCGGAAGGGGUGCGACAGGGCAGAUCAGACUACGUGAAUGGACUUUUUCAGUUGUACAACAUUUCUUGGUUUCGUUUUUGUUUCCAUCUUUUCAAGCGCAGAUUAUCAAGGGUAAAACGAAUAAAGAGGAAAUCGGCGUUACGGGC